AUGAACAACGAACAAUAUCAACAAAUAGUUAACGUCUUAUCAUAUCCCGCACAAAGGCAUCCAGUCCGAAUUAGAAGACAAGCGCAAGAGUAUGAACUAGAAAAUGACAUGUUAAUGCGAAUCUGGAAGAAUGAAUGGAAAACGGUGAUUAAGAGAGACCAAAUGAACGAUCUACUUUAUUACGUGCAUAACCAUCCUAUGGCCGGACAUUUCGGUAAAGAACGAACUCUGAUGAAACUACAAGAAAGUUUUUGGUGGCCGCGUAUGGAAGACGAUGUCAAUAGAUAUAUUGAUAAGUGUGAGAAUUGCCAACGAGAAAAGAAAGCGAAAAGAUCUGAACCAUUACGACCCAUACCAAUCACAGGAUUGUUCGAACAUUGGGGUAUAGACCUGGUUGGUCCAGUAAAUACUUCAAAGAACGGACAUACCUACAUGAUAGUGGCCAUCGAUUAUUUUUCCAAAUGGGCCGAGGUAGCAGCAUUAUCUACUAAAGAUGCGAGUAGCGUAGUUGCCUUUGUUACUAGGCGUAUAAUAUGUCGACACGGUAUACCUAGCGAAAUCACAACAGACAACGGUGCCGAAUUCGUUAACUCACAAUUCGAAUCGUUAUGCAAAAAGAAUCGUAUAAAACAGAUCAAAACAACGCCGUACCACCCACAAGGAAAUGGACUAGUGGAAAGAUACAAUCAAACACUAGUGCGGACGUUACGUAAAAUCCUCGAUGGAGGACUAACGGAGUGGGAUAAUUUCAUAGCACCCGCCACGUUCGCAUACAACACCUCCGUUCAAUCAAGUACUAAGAGUACCCCAUAUUACCUUGCGUACGGUAAGGAAGCUCGAACGCCUGACAAAGCCUUGUAUACCGAUAAGGGAAGUCCCGACGACAUAGAAUAUAGAAUCGGUCAAAUAAUAUCGUUGAAUAGUGACAGACAACGAGUCAGUAAACGCUUGGUGCAACAACAAAUACGCCAGAAAAGACACUACGACGCUAAAAUACAAGAAGGACCAUACCGACCCGGAGACAUUGUGUGGCUAGAUCAGCCAGCGGAAGGACAGUGGCAGGAAAAACUAGAAUUGCGUGCCUAUGGACCUUAUGAGAUCGUCAGAAGAAACCGAAAUGGGAAAUACAAAAUACGUCAUAAAAAUACUGGUAACACAGUCGAUAAAUGGAUUCAUGGCGAUAAAUUAUUCAAAGCAGUAGAAGAUUCUUGGUGGAAAAACGAACCAGUAGUUGCCAUCGAGUACGAUCCAGAGAGACAUAAACCGUACGAUUUUCCCCCGCUUCAAGGAUAA